UGCCUUGCGAUUGCCCGAGGAAACAGCCCGCCUCUGCACGUCUCUCUUUCCGGUCUCUGUCACGGUCGUUCCUCUCCUACUCACACCUAUGUCCGUCAAGGCCCAGGUCCGCGUGGUGGUGGCGAGUGUGGUGUGCUUGGUGCUGCUGGCUGCCGUGUGCGACGGAGCCUCCAUCACCAGUAUGUGCAUCAGGAACUGCGGGCAGUGCAAGGAAAUGUACGGCGACUACUUCCACGGGCAGGCCUGCGCCGAGUCCUGCAUCAUGACGCAGGGCAUGAGCAUCCCCGACUGCAACAACCCCUCCACCUUCAAUCGCUUCCUCAAGAGGUUCAUCUAAGGAAGCACCCUAAUAAAACUCGAGUCUUGUCCCUCCACCUCCCCCCUCUCAGCCUCGAGCGAGACAGCCUUCCCAGGAUCCAAGGCCUGUGACCUCGAGGCUUGGAGGCUCCCCCCCCCCCCCCCCCCCCCGCGAGCACGCUUCGUUCUCCUUCAAAAAUGUUGGAAUCGUGUUGUCGUCUCCUCUUAUCCUUCGCUUUCCUCUUUUCUCUUCAUGACUAGCGCUCCUCCACCCCUCUGAGAGGACGCCUGGCCUCGAGGACAGCCUCUCCCUCCAAGGCGGGAUAGAGCGAGGUCCUGGUCUUCCAUUUUCUGUUUCUGAUUCCUCCUCUUCCGCUCUCUCUGGAUGUCCAUUUCUUUCAUCUUCUCCCUCUCGUUCUCUCUCUCUCUUUCUCUCUCUCUCUCUCCUGCCCUAGGAGUUUUAGAUUGAAUUAGUUGCCAGAUUGUGAAAGUAUAUUAAGAAUUUCGUCCCAAGCCCAGUAUUAGAUCAGAUGAAACAAUACCAGACACGCGUAUGACUUGGAAGGAGAUUUGUUGUACAAAAAGUUCUACGAUGGAUCAAGACGAUUUAUGUACCUUAUAAAGAAAUAUACUGAAUUAGUUUCAACUUCUUCUGAACCUGUAUGAUGAAAAUAUUAAAAUGUCGUCCAUUUUGUCACUGCUGCUUUCAAGCCUAUGAGAAGUAACAGUGUUUAUAUGAUUGCAUAAUAAUGAUGAUGAUCAUUACGUGACUGUGGUACCUGGAUAUUGACUCCGCGUUGGGGACCCCUGGCAUGACUGCUUCUUCUCCGAAUAUAUCAUAUGCCUCUUAAAAGAUCAUUGACUCUACUGACGUACCCGAGAUCUCUGCUGUUUAGAAAUGUGAAGAUGAAGUAACGUGUCCAUGUGACCAAUGAAAACAAAUAAAUUUAGAGGUUUGACUUGAUACCUUGCAACAGAACAUAGAUAAUGUCUAUCAGGGACUGUGUAAACCAUAAUUCAAUAAAUUAUUUAAUCUGA